CCUUUCACCUUGCAAACAAUUCUCUGCGAUCUCCUGCAACUACCCUUGCCCCUUCACAUUCUUCUUUCUUCCUUCCCCUCGGUGAAUUCAUAACUUUAACCCAAAUUCAACACCAUUUUUUCUUGUUUUUAUUGAAUUCGUUGUUUGUAAUUUGGAAUUUCUCUCGGUUUUCCUUUUUCUGUCUUUUUCAAUUCAAAUAUGUGACAUCUAUCUAUGCAUGCAUAGAUGAUUCACUGCGGUUGCCAAUUUCCAGAAAAGCUCGGCAAAUAUCUACUUCAAUGGGGGCCUUAACAUGUAGCAGCCGAAAACGUGGUGAUGAUUUUUUCACCUCGAAUUACAAAACCCCACUUUCAGUUUCCUCUAACGUUGACCACAUAUCCAAAAAACCUAGGCUUUCUCCAUCUAUGAAUCAAAUCCAAGGUGACCCUUUGUCCAGAAAAUCAAUAGCUGCAAGAAUUUUCAAAUACCCAUCUAAUAUAACUCCCAUAAAAAGAGAAAUUCAUGCUCCUUGUAGACGAUUAAGAAGUGGGUCCAACUUAAACUCUAACAAAAUGGGGAAUUUUCUAACUCAACAGUAUGAUAGAGCUAAAAGAAGUGCAUUUGAAACGCUGAGGUAUGUGAAAAAAGAUAAAGAAGUGAUAAACAUUGAUGAUGAUGAAAUUUGUGAAGAGGGUGUGUCUGAGGAUUCAAGUGUUAAGGAAUUGGGAACUGGGGUUGAUGCAAAAAGGGGUCUUGCUAGUGGGUCGGGUCAGAGAUGGAAGGAGAGUAAUGGGGUUGUUGAAAUCAUGGAUAAUCCUGAUGGUGUUAAGGAUGUGGAUAGGAACUUUCAGGUUUUGAGUCCUUCAGUUGUAACAGUGUCGGAUGGUGUGAAUUUGAAGGUGGAGAAUGCAGAAAAGAUGCUGGAUACAUUAUCUUUGAGUAGCAAUUUUGAUUCUGCUUAUUCUUCAUCUUCAGUUCCUCCAUAUAAGAAAUUGCUGGGUUUAGCUGAGAAAAGAAACGGUAAUUUAAAGAGACUGCAGUUUGAUAUAGGGUAUACUGAGAAGGUUCUUGAGACACAACAUUUGUUAAGGCCUCAGAAGAAUGAAGAGUAUGUUAAGGAGGAUGUGAUUACAGAACCCUUUGUGCUUCUUGAUGAGGAGGAAGAGGCUGAAGUUUCUCGUGCUUUAUCUAAAUCUUGCAGGAGGAAGGUUUUGGCGAAACAUGAAAACUCCAAUAUAGAUAUUACUGGAGAGAUAUUGCAGUGUUUGAGUCCUGGGGCAUGGUUGAACGAUGAGGUCAUUAAUGUGUAUCUUGAGUUACUAAAAGAGAGAGAAAGAAGGGAGCCCAAAAAGUUCUUGAAAUGUCAUUUCUUUAACACAUUCUUUUACAAGAAGUUAAUCAGUGGCAAGGGAGGCUAUAACUAUCAAUCUGUGAAAAGAUGGACAUCCCAAAGGAAGCUGGGGUACUGCCUCUUUGAAUGUGAUAAAAUUUUUGUCCCUAUCCACAAACAAGUACAUUGGUGCUUAGCUGUCAUCAACAAGAAGGAAGAAAAGUUCCAAUAUCUUGAUUCACUUGGAGGAAGAGAUCAGCAAGUACUGAAAGUGCUGGCUAGGUACUUCAUUGACGAGGUGAAGGACAAGAAUGGGAAAGAUAUUGAUAUUAACUCAUGGAAGCUAGAGUUUGUUGAGGACCUCCCAGAGCAAGAGAAUGGGUUUGACUGUGGUAUGUUCAUGCUCAAGUAUGCUGAUUUCUACAGCAGAGAUAUAGGACUCUGUUUCAGUCAGGAGCACAUGCCAUAUUUCAGGUCUAGGACUGUCAAGGAGAUCUUAAGGUUGAAAGCUGAGUAAAAAACCUGAACAUGCUCUUUGCUGCAAUUUCAAAUAUCCCGUGUGAGCAACAGAGUGGACUAUGGAGUUUGUUGGAAUGAUUGAUGCAUUGCUAACAAUUUCCUGAAGGCCUUGUCUGAUUUGUAUAUUUGGUGGUUUGACUGUCUAAUGAAGACAUGAUUUUGUAGGUUGAGGUUUGAAGGGCUUUAGUUUCUGUUCUUAAUUGUUUCCUUUUUAGGUAGGUCUUUAGAAUUCUCAGAUAUAGCAUCCAGCUGUCUUUUGGAGAAAGCUUAGAACAAUUGAGGAAUUCCUUACUGACCAUUUAACUUUCUCUACUCAUGAAGAUGGACUGGAAAGCAAGCUCAAAGUUGUAAUGUAUGAAAUUGUUUCUUUCUUCAGUAAAGAGGAAGUUCAAGAUUUCUGUUGUUUGAUCUGUUUAAGUAUGCAUAGGCAUGUGUUGCACACGUUGGGGUUACAUUCUCAUCACCAGGAAAGGUUUAUUCAGUUUAUAUUUCGUGUUGUCAAGCUUGCAUCUUGGUUGGGUUCAAUUUGUUUCUCAUUCCAAAAGUCAGAAGUAGAGAGCUCUCUUUUUUGAAA